AUGGAGGCGCCCUCGGUGCCGGCCGCCUCGACGUCGGGCGCGGCGGGGCGCGGGCCCAUCAAGGGCAUCCUGAAGAAGGGCGGCGGCAAGCUGUCGGCGGGGGGAGCGGCUCCCGGGGCGCGGCGGGCCAGCCCGGCCCGCGACGAGGACGAGCACGGUAAAAAAUCCCAGAAGUGGGAUGAAAUGAACAUCAUAGCUACGUACCACCCAGCAGGCAAAGAUUAUGGCUUGAUGAAAAUAGAUGAGCCAAGUACUCCUUAUCACAGCAUGGUAGGAGAAGAUGAUGAGGAUGCAGUGAGUGAUUCAGAAUCAAAUGAGCCCUUAAAAGCAGAUGUGUUGAGUAAAAAACUGGCAGCUGCAGCUGAAGGUAAAGGACCCAAGAUUAUAGCAAAGCAAGAGGAAAGCAGUGAGGAGGAGGAAGAGGAUGAAGAAUUAACACCUGAAGAACGAGAGAAGAAGAAACAGUUUGAAAUGAAGAGGAAAAUGCACUACAAUGAAGGACGAAACAUCAAACUGGCAAGACAGCUCAUUGCAAAAGAACUACAUGGUGAAGAAGAGGAUGAUGAUGAGGAUGAAGAGAUGCAUGAUGCUGCAGAUGUAGAAACAAUGAAUACAGAAGCUACCGAACAUGCACAUGCUACUCGUGACCAGCUGGAAAGUAGAGCACACAGCAUAGAAGAAAUCUGUCCAGAACUGUAACUGCUUGUCAAAGACACAAAUACAAACAUCGCUUCAUGAUUUUUGCAGUUAAGGCUCUUAAAUAUUGAGAAGCAUAUCAGUUACAAUGUUGUAUUGCCAAGAAUGUUAAUUUUAGACUUGUCCAUUAGGCAGAAAAAACUGUCUAAUUGAUUUAUUCUUGUGCCUAGUAUUUCAUGGAGAAUACUGCUUCAUAAUCUGUUCAACCAUAAUGGCGUUCCCUGUAUGUAUAACGCUGAUUAUCUUGCGUAAUGUACUGUUAUUCUUCAUGCUUUGAAACAGACAGUAUCUUUUGGUUUUUCACUAUUUAUUUGACAGUGUUCUAGGUGUGGUAUCUCUUAUGGAAAGGUUUGGGAUUCAAGAGCCAAACGGUACAGCAUAUAUCAGAUUGACAUGCAAGCAAUUUAUCAGAUGUGUUAAGCAGUUUAAAAAGGGAUUAUUUAAGUCUUACAACUUUUUUGUAAAGCGUUGACCUGUUAAUCUAGAUUUCAGUACGUUAUUACCUGUACUUCCCAGUCUUUAGAAGAAGAGCUGUAUUAUUUUUUAAGAGUGGUGUUUGGAAUCAGUUGUUAGUUUCUGACUAAGGCAGUACUAACUUCUGGUGGAGGGAAUGUUUUUACACUGGAAAUGUGCUAACUUGAACUUUGCAUUUAACUGUCAUUCUCUCUUCCAUCGGGACUGGAUGUUUUGUGGAGCUCUCUUUGGCUUGUCACGAGAACAUGGAAGUUCCCUCCAACUUUUCUCUUAAAACCACAUCCACUGUCACUCUUCUGGCUCUUGUUUCAAACUUUUGGUCCUUUCCAGUUGCAUGAAGAGUGCUUGUGCUACUAGCACCUGAGGAAAAACACCCAACCAUGAGCAAAUGCACAUCAGGACUGUGAAGAUGAGCUGAGUUUAGGCUCUGGCUGUUCUUUAUAUAAAGAUGAUGAUGUCCUACUCAUUUGGGGUUGGCAACCUGCAUACUGAAAACCACUGGUCUAAAUCUUCCUGUAUGCACUGCAACUUACAGCAGCUGCUUUUGUAAAAUGAAGGCUGUUUGGGAGAAUAGAAGGGAAACUGCAUAAUUCAAAUGCUUGUUUACAGUGUGGUUGUAUAGCCCCUGUAAAGAGGGAUUCUGAACCUCCAAAUUGCUGUAAACAACUUCCCACUUGGUGGAAUUUGACUGGUGAAUGUUCCAGUAUUCAGAGUAGUUCCUGGGUUUUAUUACACAAAUGGAGUAUAGACUUAAGCUUUAGCUUGGUUAUGGAAUACAGUGUAUAUCUUAAUUUUGAUCUGAAUUUGAUAUGUUGCAAAAAUCCAUAUAAUUAUGGAUCUAUUUUAAAAUGUCUUUUUGUCCACUGUAUAUGUGAAGUUUGAAUAAAGGAAUGAAAGUUAUUUUACAGUUA